CGCGUGCCCUCGGAUCAGUCGACGGCGGCGGCACGUCUCGCGCCGCAUCUUCUCUGCCGCGCGCGCACCGCCUGUCAGUGUGCAGCCAGACAACAGCGGUUAAAACAAGUCUUUAUCGCGGGAGACCAUGAAAAAGAGAGCCCGCGGCGCGCCGGGCCACGCAGGUGAUGAUGAUGAUGAGGAGGAGGAGGAGGAGGAGGGCCUGCGGUUUGCCCCUCUAGAUGCUCGGAGCUCCAGUCCCAAGAAGAAUAGCAGCCUCUCCCCCCAAAAGGAUGCAGACAGCAAGGGCCGCAGCUUGAAGUGCGAGGUGUGCCACUCCCAGUUUAAGAGUAAGCGCGGCCUGUCUAUCCAUGCCCGUGCACACCUGCGCCAGCUCGGCAUCACGGUGGCAGAGAACAGCGGGCCGUCCAUCGAAAUCCUCCACAAAAUCGUCAAGGAGCGCAGCAUAGAUGGCAAACUCCACCCGUCUCUUAUGAAGCUGCCCUCGGCGAAGAGCCCCGCCCUCUCCACUCCCCUGAAGGAUGAGGAGCUCGAAGACAUGGACUUGGAUGAGAAGCCCAUCUCGCUCUCCAUCAUGGCCAAAGCAGCAAAACCAGCGCUGCCACCCUCCACUUCCCGUACGCCCACACCUUCUCCUUGUGCCUCUCCAGCUCCAUCUCACUCUGAAUCACCUUCCUCAGUAGUGAAGAAAGCCCCCAUUUCCUCUCUACUGCCUGUGUCUUCCCCCUUGCGCUCCCCGGAGCACAAGGCUGGGGGAGUGAAAAGCCUGACCUCUAACCUUUCUGCUGCCUCUUCAAUCAGCACAGCCAAACCGCUCUGGGCACCACAGGAGGAUGAUGCUCCUCUCAACCUUACACUGGAGGCAGACUCCGAUAAAGACCUUGUUUGCCAGUUGUGUGGCGCCUGGUUUGAGACGCGCAAAGGCCUGUCCAGCCACGCUCGAGCCCACCUGCGACACUUUGGUGUGCAGUAUUCCGAGGCCAAGGGCUCCCCCAUCAGACAUCUGAACGAGUUCAUGGACACUGAUGACUUUAAGCACAAAGCCAGCGCACUGGAGCUGGACGGUCCUACGGAACCACAGGAAAGGACUGCAACACUUUCCUCCUCAAAACAACCUCUGCUGACUCUCUCUUCUUCCUCCUCUUCAUCCCUCAUCUACAAGGUGUCCACAGCUGGGGGUGGGUCAACGUCCAAAACUACCUCUUCCUCGGCCUCGUCUUUACCAGGCCCACCUGCCAAGCGUCUCAAGACUUCUUCCAUGCAGGUCUUUCGCCUCAGUAGUGGAGAACUUAUGGCUGUUCCACACAGUGAACCUCCAAAGGAAAUAGGCUGUGAGUACUGUGGGGAGUACUUUGAGAAUAGGAAGGGACUGUCUAGCCACGCUCGCUCCCACCUUCGCCAAAUGGGCAUCACGGAGUGGUCUGUCAACGGUUCACCGAUCGACACCUUGCGAGAGGUCAUCACAAGGCGAGGCCUGCCUUGCGCCCUUCCUUUAAAACCUCGCAAAACCCCACCGCCAUCUUCUCCUAUACCCCCUCGUUCCCCGUUGUCAGCCUCCUCGUCACCUUCCCGUAGCCUCCUCGGCCGCCUUCCCUUCGCCUUCGCCCGACCCUCCAGUCCCCCUCAGGUGGCAGCAUCCAAGUCCAGCUCUGCUCCUUUGUCAUCUUUGAGCGGCCUGUCGCUGAAGCCAAAACCCGAGCCGGUGCAGCUGGAGGUCACCAAGCCAGGGGUUGUGGGGAGAUCUGGAGGUUUUCCUGCGGAGUCUCUGAGCUCCAGCUGGGGCAGCUCUGACAACGGGGGCCCUCUCAACUUGGCCAUGACCAGCGAAGCGGUGGAGCCUUUGACGGACGUUCGCUGCGAGUUCUGUGGGGAAUAUUUUGAAAAUCGCAAAGGUCUUUCCAGCCACGCGCGCUCCCACCUGCGACAAAUGGGCAUCACAGAAUGGUCGGUCAACGGCUCGCCCAUCGACACCCUGAGGGAAGUCAUGAAAAAGAGAGGGAGGGGUGGUUCGUCCCACUCGAACCAGGGACUGAAGAAAGAGUCCGCUCACAGAACUAACAACCCCUCAUGGGAUAACACAAGCAGUACCGGCAGCUCCGAGGGUUUGGGUUCUUCAGGUUAUCAGUCCUCCAAAUUUCAUAAACCUCUUAAUUUGGUCCAGUCCGGAUCAAAGUUCCAAAAGCAGGGCUUGGGCUCUGUGGGUCUCUCUGCUCCCCAACCAGCAGGCAAGUUUUUCAGGAUGUCACCUUUGGGGAAAAGGCCUUUAUCAGAGGAGGCCCAGUCCGUGGAGAUGGCCCAGUCACCUCCACACCGACUUAAGACAUUCUCAUCGCUUCCACACGAUUUCUCCUUUAAAAGAAAACCCUCACCAGACAAGCACGCACACCAGGACCCCAGCUGUGAGCUGUGCGGGUUCUACUUUGAGAACCGGAAGGCUUUAGCAAGCCAUGCUCGAGCCCACCUGAGGCAGUUUGGUGUGACGGAGUGGUCCGUGAACGGGUCGCCCAUCGAGACGUUGAGUGCGUGGAUUCGCAGCCGACCGCAGAAAGUGCUGGAGAUGCACCGGAACUACAUGCAGGGGAACCGAAACACCCUCAAGAAGAAGGCCCACUCCUCCUCGUCCUCUGCUUCCUCUCAGUGGUCUUCAUCCUUGGCUGUAAGCCUGGCGCGGUCGCAGAACCACAAAGUCAGCCAGAGUUCUUUGGAGAUCGCGGAGGACGAUUCUAGUACCAGCCUCCAGGCGGCGCCAGUCCGGCCCGGUCACGGCAGUGCAAGCUCUUCGCGCCUCAGUGGGAGCCUCUCGCUUCAAGCACAGGUGGCUCGAAGCGAGCUGAACGUCCGCCUGCCAAGAGGUUUUGAGCGACGGCCUUUGAAGCACCCGUCGUGCCCAGAUGGAGCAGAAAGGGACAGUGGCACUCCAAAGCCCCCACGCACAGGCACCAUCCCCUCCCUGGUGCCCAAACCACCCUCCUAUCCUCUGGUCAAACUGGUGGGCAAAUUCUACACCCUGAAGUGCCGGUUCUGCGAGGUGGAGUUCCACGGCCCGCUGUCGGUGCAGGAGGACUGGAUCAGACACCUCCAGCAGCACAUCCUCAAGAUGAACUACAAGUCAGCUGCUUCCAAAGCAGCCACCGCUGAGCCCCCGACCUCUGCUGACGACCAAGCCCCGGUCCAGCCCCCUGCACCGACCUCCACCCCUACCUCCAGGACCACCUCCACCCCAACCCGCUCCACAGCUCCCAGCAGCCGCUCCCCCUCGCCUCCGGCUGAGUGCGCUCCUGUCAUAACUGCCACAGAGAUAGUCCAAGUCCCAGAGGAGCAGCCCGCCAUAAUCUCAACUCCCAUUCCCGUCCCCACCCAGAUAGUUUAAGCUCCUGAUCGUCCUCCGUCGUAACUCCACCUCGUGUUUGUCCAGAAGCUGUUUGUCCUUUCUUUGACCUUCACUAAGUGUCAUUCAGGAGGUCUGUCCUUCAUCUAAAGAGCCCUCUGAGCCCCGAGCACCUCUGAAGCAGCUCUGGACUGUUUAGAAGUGUCUUGUUACCAUGGGAACGAAACUCUCCGGGCUCAUCCGUGGAUCUGGGACGGACGAUUAUAGAAAGUGGCCACGGUUACGAGGAGGGGAUUCAAAACGUUUUGUGUUUGCCUUGUUUAUACUGAAUGUCCAGACAUUACUGUACCUCUCCCAGUCAGCGGGAGAUUAAGAAGCUAAUGAACCCUUUAUUAACCGCCCCAUCUGCCCCCCCCCAAUGAACAAGACUUGUGAGACAGCGACCCGUCAACCAGCCCACUGGUUGCACUGACUUCAGCCU